UAUCGAAUGGUUCAAUAUCUGUGUAUGUAAUAAGAAUUUCCAACCUUUAGUUCAUAUGUAAUAAAAAAAAACAAUUAUUUUUUUCGUGUUGUUAUCAAGUGUUUAGUAAAAUUAUUUAUCAUCAGAAUGAAUAAAAAAAUUAUUUUUUCAAUAUUCGUAUGUUUAAUCGUCGGUAUAUUUAGUUUUAAAUUUCCUACUGAUAUUCCAAGAUGUUCUGCAGGCGAUACAAAAUGUAUAGUUGACGUUUCGAACGAAUUUAUUGAACUGAACGGAAAAAAGGGCCACAAAGGACUUGGGCUGAUCCAAAUUGAUCCAUUACAUAUACCUUCAAUUGGAAUUAAACAGGGUGAAAAGAGUCCAGUGAACAUCGCUCUCGACUUCAAAGAUGUCGAUUUAAUUGGUUUAUCGAAUUGUCGAUUCACAAAAAUCAGCGGAUUUCAAAGAAAUCCAACUGGAAAAUAUGAACUUGUUGUAAAGGGACCAGCACUUUAUCUAGUUGGCCCUUACAAAAUUGCGGGUCGAGUUUUGAUUUUGCCAGUGAACGGAGAAGGUCGCUCGAACAUAACUUUGGUUGAUCCCGAACUGAUUUUCACAUUCGACGGCAAGGCUGCUAAGCGUGGCAAUCAUGAACAUUUGGAUAUCGAAAACGCAAAUUUGAUAUUUAAAGUGUCUAGGUUAAUCUUUGAUUUCCGACAUUUGUAUAAUGGCGAUCAACUUCUUGGUGACGCUACUAAUCGAUUUUUGAAUGAAAACUGGAAUGAUAUUUUCAAAGAAAUUAGCGAGAAUAUUUUUGACGCAUUUACUUUGAUUGCAGAAUCUACUUUAAAAAAUAUAUUCAACAAAGUACCAUACAAUGAUCUCUUUGCUGAUUCGGGAAAAAAGUCCUAGAUUUCAAUGUGCAAGAUAUUUCACCAUUGUCAUUUAUUUGA